UGCAUGCUCAGGCAAAAAUAAAUAAUGUGAAUUUUAGCAACUACCAUAAUCUGCCUCUUAAUCUGCUUUGUGAUUCUAGUCUAAGUAAAAACAAUAAGUUAAAUAUUUUCAUUAACAAAUUUCAUCGUAGUUUCAUGAGUUACGUUUGUUUGUCUAUGAUCUGACAACAUGCUCAAAACAUUUUUCUUCAUUCGAAAAAAAGUUGCCCUUCUUCUACGUGCGCGUUGGUUUUAGUGCUUCGGGACUUUUAUUUGUCCAAAAAUGGGAAAAACGAGAAAAAAUACCCAGCGAAAGCAUUUGCAAAAAGCUGCAAAUGCUGAAAAUAUCAAAUUUUUGGAAAAUCAGCAGCCAGCCGAACAGAAUGCGGAACCUUCGGAUACGGAGCGACGAAUUCAAAGAAAACCAUUGAUUGAGGCCAUGGACUUAACAGUACAGACACCGGUUUUAAAAGGCGUCUUCGUAAAAUUGCAUCGAGCAUUGGGUAAUCAAGAAGUUAAACAAUUUCCUGUUGAAGAAGGCGGCGACGCCGAAGCGGAGGAUCCAACAACCCAGGCCCAAGUUAGCCUGGUCGAUGGGGAUCACGUACAGGAUCUGCAUAUUGAUUGCAGCAAAAAAAUCGUAACUAUGGAAGAGAAAAUGACUAAACUCAUCUCCGAAAACAAGGAUCUGAAAGAGGACGUCGAGAAGCUACGCAAACAGAAUUGGCAAUUACAGUGCAAGCUGGUGGAAGAGAGCGGAAAAAUAACAACAUUCGAAACCAAGAUAAGACCAGGAUAUCCAUCACCGGAAUGGCUCCUGAAAGCGUCACAGAUUGCAAAGGAUAGCGACUAUAUUUUCGUGAAGGAGUUGAUGGCGUUCCUUUGGCCGAAAGGUGUUGGCCACGGAACUGUAACCGGUCGAACAUCAAACAAUCCAUGCGGUGGGAAAAGAACAACAGUAGCUACCAAUGAACCAACAGCUGGACCCUCUUCCUCUUCUACUACGCCAGAAAACUUUAUCGCCAUUGCUGACGACUCAUCAGCGCAACUGGAUCCGGAUAAAAUCAAAUUCAUCAAAGAAAGCUUGUGCCAACGGCGCCAAAUCCUUGGCGAUGGGUAUGGACUUGCAAUGGACUUGUCGAAAAAAGCAGUUCAGCACAUCAAUCGCGUACUGUCGAAUAAUCCAGCAAUGAGAUCGAUGAACAAAUAAGUUUUUAAUAUUAUU